GAGUGUGGAGAUGAGCGUCGUUACCAUGUGAGGUUGGAUAUAACUAAUAGUAACGAUUGGGACUUGUGUGGUGGCUCUCUGAUCCGUAACCAGUGGAUUCUGACUGCAGCACACUGCCAGAUACCAGGACGGGAUAUAUAUGCAACUUUAGAACAACAAGGAGAAACACAAGUGCAAAUCACAGCACCACCCGUGAUCUAUACCGACAACAAUGGCGUCAGUCAUGACAUCAUGCUGCUGAAGCUACCUAACCCUACUCAGGUUCAACCUGUACCACUUCCUGACUGUAACAAUCGUAACAAUCGUCCCGGAGUACGUGAAGCAGUUCAGAUUGCAGGUUAUGGAGCAGAUACUGUAGGCGAUAAUAAUGAAAGAGUACGUGGGAGAGCUAAUACCCUCCAAUGUGCAGAGACCACAGUUGUUGACUGUACGAGGCUGAGAGAGCUGAGGCCACACAUGCAGCAUCAACACUGGUUCUGUGGCCAAAGGGCUAGAGUGGAUAAAAGUAAUGGCGACACUGGUGGAGGAGUGGUGUACAAAGGCAAGAUCUACGGUGUCAUUGCAUUCACUGAUGACGGGCAUCAUGCCUUUCAAGUACCAGCUGCAUUUAUGGACGUCUGUGCAUACAUCAAUUGGAUCAAUGGUGUCAUUACCAGACAGUAAAGAUGUCUAAUGUGUGGUUAACAGAUAUCAACAGACAUUUCACAUAAGAAAACAGCUGAGUUACUCUAAAUUUGCAAUUGAUACAUUUACGAUUGAUUAGUUUAAUUUAAACUAUUCACUUCUUGAUACCCUUUAAGACAAACCUUAAAUUCUGAUUAUAUAACAUGAAUUUAGUUUCACAAGCUAGUGUCUAAGUUUACACAUUCUUGCUGUUAUCAUCUACAUUUUGAUUUUACAGAUCUAAAUUCAGAUAAAGACAAUUAGACAUAUCACUUGUAUAAAUUUAAUAUAGUAUUAGUAUUAUUAGUUUAAUAUAGUAUUUUGCCUGUUAGUACACUCAUUGAAUCAUUGUGUGAAAACACUACAAAGGGCCAAUUAUAAUAAGGUCUGCUAUUCAUUUAAAAAUACUGAUAACAGUGAUAAAUAUGACAGUUCUUUUACAUGUUGUAUCUGUUGAAAUAAAAUUAAAGUGACUCACAA